UGACCAAUGGUGUGCGACUUCCAUUCUCGCGCAACUUUCUCUUCAUCCCGUCUUCCUUUUGUUGUCCGAUAUUUACUGUUUUUCUCUGAACAUGUGAUUUAUUCAUAAUUAAAAAUAGAACCGCAGCGCUGAACGUGUGCGCGUCCGACAACACUUCGUUUUUAAAAAUCUCCCAGAGCUCUCAAUGGAAGCCCGCUAACGAUAGCGAGCUAGCUAACGUUACAGAAGCUAACUUUAGCUAGCAGCUAGCUGUGCACGGUCGUGUUAUUGUUUUGAAGACAUUUACAGAAAAAGCUUCAGAUCCUCCAGCGAAAUGACGUCCGCCUCCGCCAAGGUGGGGGAGAUUUUCUCAGCAGCAGGGGCAGCCUUCACUAAGCUGGGGGAGCUGACGAUGCAGCUGCACCCGGUGUCCGACUCCAGUCCUGCAGGAGCCAAAUGGACGGAGACGGAGAUCGAGAUGCUCAGACUGGCGGUGCGUCGCUUCGGAGACGACCUGAACAACAUCAGCACAGUGAUCAAAGAGCGAACUGUAGCUCAGAUAAAGAGCACGGUGAAGAGGAAGCUGUACGAGGACAGCCGAGUCCCCAUCGCCUCCGAGUCGCCGAAGAAGAACGUCAAGAAGUCUGCUGUCACCAUGACGUCAGCGCCCGCUCCGGCUGCACCCGCCAUGAUUGCCGUGCCGACCUCGCAGGUCGUCGUGGCGACAGGGAUGCAGAGCAGCCCCUCCCUGGCCCCGCCCAUCAAGAAGCAGAAAACGGCAGACGUGACUCUCAGUGCUCUGAAUGACUCGGACGUGAACAGCGACCUCGUCGACAUCGAAGGACUCGGUGACGGCUCCUCCAGCAAGAAGCUCAACUUUGACCAAGAGAGCCUGAACCUGGACUCCAGCCUCAUCAUGAACUCCAGUGACCUCCCCCUCCUCUCCCGCUGACCUCUCAGAGGAAACACGUCUUUUAGUUUUUAAUACAGUUCCUCGUUGUGUCACCUGACGUUCACCUGUCAACGAACAUCAAGGUUUUUUUUCUUUUUAGUAAAAACAGACUUUUGGAUUAGAAUUAUGUUUUCAUCAGAUUUUAGUUUUAUUUUUCAGUAAAGUUUCUGUUUUUCCAAAAAGAAUCAGGUUCAAGAGACGAUUUAAAAUGAAACUGUCGUGUAAUUAGAUGACGAAUCACUCAGUCGUUUGUGCUCAGUACUUAUUUCAUUAAUCCCUCAGAAUAAAUGCACAAUAAUAUUUGAAAACAAAACUUUCAGUUGUUCUGAAGAUUUUUCCAAAACCCUCAAAGACUUUUCUAACUGAGAGAAGAAAAUAAGUUUACUGAACAAACAAGUAAAUAACAUGAGGAGAUGGUUUAUCAGAAGAUUUCACCUGGAGCCUUAACAGGACUUUUAUUUUGAAAGAUAAGUCUGGUCUUAAUCUGUAUUUUUCUUCUUGUCAACAAAUUCCAACAUCACUUCCUGUCUGUGGCUCUGAGCUCAUUGGUUAUUGCCGAAGAUGUAAUUAUUAUUUCAUCGCUAACGAAGCCCUAGUUAACAUCUUUUAAUAAGAUAUGUACACGAUACCUGUACAUAGUUUGUUUAUGUAGGAGAAAAGAUUUGUUGACAGAAAGAAAAACAUAGAAAAGCAGAACGUGAUCAAGAUGGCGGCUGACGACAGAAAAUCUGAUUCUGACUCAAACCUUUUCUUAAUCAGUGGCUGAUGUAAAAACAUUGUUUUAAUUAUGUUAAGGGAAAAAAAACGUAAAUAAAAAAACUUAGAACAA